CCGACAACAACCCGUCAACUAUCAUGAACUGCACUCGAUCUGCCCUCCGUCUCCACCAAUCUCUCGGCCUCCGUGCCCUACCUCUCCGUGGGUCCGUUGUGAGCUUCGCCCGCUUCAACUCUACCUCUUCUCCGUCCUCCCCAUCACCCAAAAUCAUCGAAUACGACUCCCCCCUCCGCAAAGCUGUCACCGGCCUCAAGAUCUUCUCCGUCGGCUCACUAGGUCUGACAGCAGCAAUUACCCCAAUCUUCAUAAUGAUGGAAUCGACAGGGGCGCAGAUGGUCAUGAUUGGGACUGCGUUUACUGUUUCGGCGUUGAAUACUUUGAUGGUGACGUACCUGACAUCGCCGUACGUUAUCCGGGCACGGACUAUUCUUUCCCCUUCAUCAUCCUCCGAGGGGCGCCAAAUUGAAUUCACGACUCUCUCCCUGAUCGGCACAAAAAAGACCGCGACUUUCCCAGCAAAGGUCUUGAUGGAGACAGACGAGUACGACAGCACGGACUCGAGGUUUCUCUCGAAUGUCACAGUACAGAAGGAGCUGAAGGGCGAGUACGAGGGUGUCAAGACGGAUUUCUUCGUGCAUAAGGAUCAGAAGGGAGAGGGUAUCGAUGCUAUUUGGGCGGCGGUGAGGGAGGAAGGGAAGGUAUCGGAGCGUUUGGUGUAGAAGAUUUGGGGUAUGAAGUGUGUUUGGGUGGGGUGAGACCUAUUCGAUGAAGGUUGGGUACCGGCACGUUAACUUAUGAUGGUUGAUGCGAGUGUUCAGGAAAACCCGGUGCGGUGUCGGUGCAUAACGGGGAUCGAAAAUGGAUUGCAAAAGCGCGAUU